UUUAUAAAAGGAGUCUCGGGACUCUGCUGUAAUUUGUAGUGAUUUAUUAUCGUCUUUUUUUUUGAGCAAUACAUAAGACAACAUUUUUGAUAAAACACAUUGUUGCCUAGCUUACAGAAACUUUCCUACUUUUGCAAUAUACCUGAAAAAUCAAUAAGUUGAGCCUCCCUCUCAAAGGUUAACCAAAACAAAAAGACUGUACUGUAUGAAUAGGACUGACACUGAGAGAUUCAGUGGACUUACACUAAAGCUGUUCAACCUUUGUUUAACAAAGCCCAGAGCUCCAAACAUAAUGGCUACAGGUAUCAACGUGAUCUGUUGCAUUGGACUUGCUGUUGUUCUAACAGGUGUUGGAAAGUCUGCCUUUAUAGGGAAGAGCCACAGCGGAGGGAAGGACGAUCCAGUGCUGCAGUAUGUUGUUAACAACUCACUGAGGGAGCACCCGGUUCUCACCAAACUCAGACUGAGAACUCUUGAGGACCCAUGGAAUAUCAUGAUGGUUGCCAGUGAACAAGCCCAGUUUAUGGCAAAUCUCAUUAGACUGAUAAAUGCAACUAAUGCUAUUGAAAUUGGGAUGUACACAGGGUACAAUGCACUGAGCAUGGCUUUGGCCAUGUCAGAGAAUGGAAGAGUGGUAGCUUGUGAAAUAGAAGACACCUAUGUGGACAUUGCCAAACCGUUUUUCAAAGAGGCUGGAGUUGAAAAUAAGAUAGAUGUACGCCAUCAAAUAGCCAUGAAGACACUGAAUGAACUGAUAGCAGCCGGUGGAGCUGGAGCGUAUGACUUUGUGUUCAUCGAUGCUGAUAAGUUCAACUAUGACAGAUACUACGAGAAGUCCCUUGAGCUCAUACGACCAGGGGGCAUCAUUGCGAUUGACAAUGUGCUGUGGAGCGGAAACGUUGUGAAUCCUGCUCCCAAUGACCUCACCUCCCAGGCUCUGGAUGCUCUCAAUAAGAAGCUACACAAGGACCAGAGGAUUGAGCUGAGCAUGCUCACUGUGGGCGACGGGUUGUCCAUUGUCAUUAAGCGCUAACAUCACAAAAAGUUAAACGUUUGUCUUAUCUAUGCUUUGGUUUUGAUAUUAAAUAUGAAUAAGCAGUGCAUUUCCUUCUGUAUUAUUUUGCCAGCUACAGCAAUCAUCUAAUAAAUGUCUUUUCUACAGCAAAACAACAUUACAA